AUGAGCCCGGAAAAGCGUCCUGAGGAAGAGGAUGAGGUUGACUGCGUCCUCCUUUCAGCAUCCAAGAUCCUAAAUUCUUCUGAGGGAGUAAAGGAAAAUGGUAGCAGUGAAACAGAACACGGCUGUGUAUCAGAAUCAGAAAAUCAAAUCCAGCCACAAUCAGCAUUGAAAGCCCUUCAGCAACAACUGGAAUCGUUUCAGGCUCUCCGAAUACAGACUCUGCAAAAUGUUAGCAUGGUACAGUCUGAAAUCAGUGAAAUAUUGAACAAAAGUAUUAUUGAAGUAGAAAACCCACAAUUUAACCCAGAAAAAAAUCUAGUAUUCAGCACACACAGUGAAACGGCUUUGCCUGUAGAGAAUCAAGAAGAAACCCUUUCUACGGAGAAAAUUCAUCAUUUUGAGGAUUCCAGGACUCUUCAUUCAGCAGAAGAAAAAUUCAGUAGUGACAGUAUUGACAGUCUUCCUCAAAGUAUAGAUGUUCCAUGCCAGAUACAUUUCAAGGACAUAUUAACUCUGAGAACUUCAACAGAUAAUUCAGCUUCAGAAAAUUCUGACAGGUUGAAGAAUUAUAAUAACUUUUAUAAUUUUCUACCUAAUGCACCUCAAAAUGGGAUGUCUCAAGCUGAGACAUUAAUUCUGGAUAAGUCCAGAAUGACAAUGCCUUUUGUCAAGAAUGGAUUUUGUGAAAAUUUAGAUGAUAUUUGCCAUUCCAUCAAACAAAUGAAGGAAGAGCUUCAACAGUCACAUAAUAGGGAACUGGCACUUACAAAUGAACUGCAGACUUUAAAAGCUGUUCCAAGGCAUGCGAAUUAUGACCUGCCCCCGGUUCACAAGGAAAAAAACAAUUUCAUUAAGGAAGAAAAUAUUGAAAGUAACUUAAGUGAAGAUAUAAAAUCAAAGAGAAUUUUGGAAUUAGAGGCAUUAGUAAACAAAUUGCUCCCACUUAGGGAAACGGUGUCAAAAUUCCAUGUGAAUUUUUGUAGGAAAUGUAAAAAAUUAUCUCGGAGUGAAAUACACAGGGGAAAAAGGAAUGAGAAAAACAAUAAAGAAAUUCCUAUCACUGACAAGAAUAUUGGAGAUUUAAAACUCCAUUCCAGAGUCCCGAGACAUACACUGGCAUUCUUUGACCCAACAAAAUAUGAAAUGAAAGACAAAGAAAAACAACCAUUUACAGUAAAACGAGGAUCAAUAAUAUUUGAAAAUGAGAAAACAUCCAAAGUCAAUUCUGUUACUGAGCAAUGUGUAGCAAAAAUUCAGUACUUACAGAAUUAUUUGAAAGAAUCUAUGCAAAUACAGAAAAAAGUAAUGAAACUAGAGAAUGAAAACCUAACCCUUAAAACAAAAAUUAAACCUCUUGUCUUUACCACACAAUCUCUGAUACAGAAAAUUGAAAUGUAUGAAAAGCAACUUAAGACAUUGGUUGAAGAAAAGAAUACUCUCCAGUCCAAGUUAACUAAAACAGAAGAAGAUGGCAAAGAAUGUCUUAAAGAAUUGAAAAAAAUAGUUAGCAACUAUAAUGUUCUCCAAGGACAAAACAAAACCCUCGAGGAAAAAAACAGUCAACUUUCUUUGGAGAAUCAACAAAUAAUAGAAGCAUUAGAUCAACUGAAAAGCAAGGAACACAAAACUCAAAGUGAUAUGGCCAUUGUCAAUAAUGAAAACAAACGAUUGAGCAUAGAAAUGGAAUCAAUGAAAACAAAUAUUCUAUUGAUACAAGAGGAAAAAGAAAUGUUAGAGAAAAAAACACAUCAGCUUCUAAAGGAAAAAGGUGCACUGGAAAAUGAACUGAAAGAAACCCGCCUAGAGACAGCACAGCUGAAAGAGAAAGAAAGACUGGCAAAAAUCGAACAAGAGACACUUCUUCAAAUAGUAGAAACAGUUAAGAAUGAAAAGCUUCAUCUUGAAACCACCUUACAAGAAUCUACUGCUGCGAGAGAGAUGAUGGCAAGAGAAAUUGAGGCUAUUCAAACAUACCAGUCUACCGCAGAAGAGAAUUUUCUGCAAGAGAUAAAAAAUGCAAAGUCAGAAGCAAGUAUUUAUAAGAAUAGUUUGUCAGAAAUGGGCAAUGAAUGUGAACUGUUAUCAAAAAUGGUAAUGGAAAUUAAGACCGAUAAUCAGCUUCUAAAAGAAGAACUAAAAAAAAAUAGUCAAGAAAGUAUAAAAUUUGAAAAUAGCAUCAGUAGACUUGAGGAAGACAAAAUACUCCUAGAAAACUAUGUAAGAAGUAUAGAGAAUGAAAGGGACACCUUGGAAUUUGAGAUGCGGAAUCUUCAAAGAGAAUAUUCAAAUCUAAGUGAAAAAAUCUGCAGUCACCAUAUUGACCUCUCAAAAAUGGGUCACGUUUCAAGGAAAGAUAAAUUCCAUUUUGACAUCUAUGAUAUUUAUGAAGACACCUCUAGUCCUGGGAAUAGGCCUCUAGCCCUUGGUUUGAAAGGUAUGUGUAUCUUGGUGGAUUCAUAG